GGAGGAGUCCAACAUGCAGCAUCCUUUAAAACUCAUCCGAUCCCGAAAGGAAGAGCAACAGACUCCAGUGAACGGUCGCACUGUUCGACAGUGCAUCAGCGGUUCCUUCACGACGUUCUGAAGGUGGAUUUUCGUUUCCUCCUGCUCAGAACUGCUAAACUACGUGUGGGGACCCAGGACCUGCGGUCUUCUUCCGUUAAUCUUGUCAUUGGUCUCGGAGCAACACACUCAUUGUAGUUGUACUGACACACAGAUCGCCUACGCACACAGACAGCGCUCAACGGAUUUCACUCUCAAUAGGGACACUUCCCCCCCCCCCCCCCGCCCCCGCAUUUCAAAGGAAGGUAAACAACGCGGGAGAAAAUGGCGUUGUCAAUUAACGGCGUCCUCUGUACGCUGACCGUACUGAUUUUGUGGCGGGCAGAGGAGCUCGUGGAAGCUUGCAGCUGUGCACCCGUGCAUCCGCAACAGGCUUUCUGUAACGCGGACGUUGUGAUCCGAGCGAAGGUGGUGGGGGAGAAGGAGGUGGAUACUGGGAAUGAUAUCUAUGGGAACCCCAUCAAGAGGAUCCAGUAUGAGGUCAAGCAGAUCAAGAUGUUUAAGGGUCCUGACCAGGACAUUGAGACGAUCUUCACUUCACCGGUCUCUGCUGUGUGUGGUGUUACCUUGGAUACUAGCGGCAAGAAGGAGUACCUAAUAUCCGGCAAGGUGGAAGCAGGUGGGAAAAUGCAUGUGACGCUGUGUGACUACAUAACGCCCUGGGAGUCCAUGAGCCCCACUCAGAAGAAGAGUCUGACUCAGCGCUAUCAGAUGGGCUGUGACUGCAAGAUUGUGCGCUGCCCCUCCCUGCCCUGUGCCAUUUCUGCUCCAGAGGAGUGUCUGUGGACAGACCUGAUGAUAGAGAAGCAGGUGCACGGUCGCCAAGCUAACCACUACACCUGCGUCAAGAGGGCCGAUGGCUCCUGUUCCUGGUAUCGCGGUGUGACUCCGCCCAAGAAGGAGUUCCUGGACAUCGAGGACCCCUAGUCACUUUCUGCACCUACCCCCUUCCAGCUGCCCACUGCACAACCUGAUUUAAAGAAAAAUGUUUCUAAACAUUUCAUGAAAUAUUAGGGGAGAAAAUAAGUUCUGUAUGAAAGGACAACAUUAAUUUGAUACACAUAUAAAAUAUAACGAGGCAAAGCUGAAUGAUUUAAGAGAGCUUGGUUAAUAAUGUACUGGUCCAAAAACAACUCCCAGCUACUACCCCUUGUGUUUGCAGAUCUAAAGGGACUGGAUAUGUUGAUAGUAUGGUGAUGGCUCCACCUAGCCCCCUAAAUGGUAUUUGUCAAAUUGCUUACACCCAUCCAGUUCCUUCAGGACUGCAAAACACAGAAGGUUUAGAGGCUAGGGGAAGGAGCUAGAACGGGGCUCAGAAUGUUUGUGGAGCUAUUUAGUGCCACAAGACCUGUCUACUGGUCGUGUGGUGGUGAUGAUGUCACAUCCCCCUGAGGCUGGCGUCAGGAGGACAGAUAAUUUCUUGGUUAUGGCAACAGAGCCCAGGUCAAAAGUAGUGCGCUCUCUACCCCUGUCAAACUACCCAGGUUACAACGACUCCAUAUCUAUUCAAUGAUGGCUCAACAUUACUUAUGUUUCCUCAUUCUGUUUGAUUUCAAAGCCAUAUUCAAAGAUGCCUUUAUUCUUUUUAACUAGUCAAACGCUAUUUGUUGCUUCUCAUAACCAUGCUGUUAGGACCAAUCAGAUUGAUGGUGAGGCGGGACUUCCCAGCUUGUUCUAAUAGACAUUUGGUAAGAAAGGUGUUUAGUUUUUAUAAAAAGUUGCAUUUCAUUUUGUCUGAAUAACCAAAGCAGACCAGUCAGACAUAUGGGAAUAACAACAUUUUAAAAGAACCUUCUAGAAUGCAUGUCUCACCGGACCAGUCUAUGGCAUGUGAUAGAGCUGGAUGCCUAUGGUAUCACAUAUUACCCCUGCACCCCCCCCCCUCGAUGCCCCUUCUAGACUCAACAACCCCCUCACCCCUCCUCACUGUCUCCACCCACUCCCUCUAGAUUGCUGUACAGAACCUAUGCAUAUACUUUUUUUUGUUUUGUUAUUUGCAUCAUUAGAUCUAGAACGAGAUUUGCACUUUGAAGAGGAAUUCCAGUAAAGACCAAACCAUGUGAUUCUCUAGUGUUUUUAAUAUCGUACUGCAGUCAGGCAGACUGUAUCCCAAAUGGCACCCUAUUCCUAUAUAGUGCACUAUAUGGGCCCUGGUCAAAAGUAGCACUCCCGGGUGGCACCGUGGUCUAAGGCACUGCAUCGCUGUGCCACCAGAGAUCCUGGGUUCCAGCCCAGGCUCUGACGUGACCGGGAGGUCUAUGGGGUGGUGCACAAUUGGCCCAGCGUUGUCCAGGUGAGGGAGGGUUUGGCCGGCAGGGAUAUCCCUGUCUCACGCACCAGCGACCCCUGUGGCGGGCCGGGCGCAGUGCACACUGACCAGGUGUACGGUUUCCUUCGACACAUUGGUGCUUCUGGAUUGGAUGUGCAUUGUGUCAAGAAGCAGUGCAGCUUGGUUUGGUUGUGUUUCUGAGGACUCGUGGCUCUCAACCUUCGCCUCUCCCGAGUCCAUACGAGAGUUGCAGAGAUGAGACAAGACUGUAAUUACUAAUUGGAGAGAAGGGGGGUGGGAUUAAGUAGCACUAUAAAGGAAAUGGGGUGUCUUAUGGGACUCAACCAGACAGCCAGGUCAUCUUAACUGCAGUCAGUUGCAUUGCGCAGGUGAUCAGAUCUCACAAUGCCUGGGGAAGUGUAACUUCUCAGGAAACCACAUCGAAAUGAAAUGGCAUCUUCUGAGGUCUGAGAUGCAUAUACAUCUUCUGAGGUCUGAGGCACAUACUCCUCAGAUUUCAGUAGAUUGCUAUAUUAUAUUAAUUUGGAUUUAAAGUAUGAUGGAAUAACAGAAGUGCAAAUUAAAAGUGGAGUUUCCAUUUUCAGUACAUUUUUGUUUUCCAGUGUUAAAUCUAUAACUUUUUUUUUUAUGUGUGCGUUCCCCCAUCAAGUCUGUCGUUCUCUUUAAAGUGGUGAAAGUCUUCUUGCGCUGGGAGCAUGUGAGAGAAAGAAUCUCACCAGUGGAGGCUACUGAGGACAGCUCAUAACAAUGGCUGGAACUGAGUCAAUGGAAUGACAUCAAACACAUGGAAACUAUUUGAUGUCAUUCCGCCCCAGCCAUUACCAAGAGCCCAUCCUCUCCAGUUAAGGUGCCACCAACCUCCUGUGAAUCUCACCCUUGUAUAGAUAUAAAGUGGAUUGGAUGUAAUAAACAUGGUGCUCAUUCUCUUUCAGAAGGCAAUUCCUUGGUAAUACCAUAUUUAUUCUACCUUAUCCAAUGCUUUGAUGUACACGUGCUAAGUUGGUAGGGAAGGGUUGAUGGGGUUUUGUAGGUGGAGUGUGAAGACAACCAGACUAUGCAUGUGUUUAGUGCUUUGUGUAAGUCCCUUGUGGACGUUCAGCCAAUGUACAAAAAUAUACAACAGUAUUAUCAAAUAAAACCAAACCUUUGAAAUAA